AUGAAGAGAGGUCCAGGCCUACAUCUGAAAGGAGAGCUUCUCUUCGGCCCGAACUCCUCCAUGUACGCAGUGGUGGACGUGAUCGGCGAGGGCAGCUUUGGCAAAGUGUCCAAAUGCCUGAGGCUUGAAGACAAGCGGGUCGUGGCGGUCAAAGUGCUCAAACGGGCCAAUGAGGAUACCAAGAAGGAGCUGCGUGCCUUAAAGGCCGUCUCUGUUCUGGAUCCCGACCGGGCCAACAUCAUCCGGUUCUUUGAGCACUUUGAGGAUAUGGGGCGCACAUGUCUGGCCUUCGAGAUGCUGGACAUGGACCUGCACAGCCUCUUGGAGAGACGGCAGUGUGUUCCGCUGUCAUCUCACGAAAUCCGCCCGAUCGCGAAACAGCUUCUGGUGGCUCUGGACGCCCUGAAAGGUCUGAGGGUCCUGCACACCGACAUCAAGCUAGAUAACAUCAUGCUGGUGGACGCAGUGAACCAGCCUUUCAGGGUCAAGCUCAUCGACUUCGGGCUGGCUGUACCAACAUCUGCAGUCCGGCCCGGAGCUGUUCUCCAGCCCAGAGGGUACAGAGCCCCAGAGGUCUACCUCGGCCUGCCCGUCACCGAGGCCAUCGACAUGUGGGGGCUGGGCUGUGUGCUGGUGGCCCUGUACCUGGCGGAACACCUGUUUCCCAUCACCUGUGACUACCUGAUGACUGAGAGAGAGUUCAUGGAGGUGACUCACGUCAUUCCUAGACGUUGGCCUGGCUUCUUCAACGUCCUGGACUGCUUGGAGGAUCUGAUUGAUAUCCAACCAAACCAAGAGGCUGCUGAGCUGAGGGACAGCAGGGCCUUUUUUGACCUCCUCAAAGGGAUGCUCCAGGUGGACAGGGAGCUCAGAGUCACCCCGGCUGAGGCUCUGCAGCACCCCUACAUCACCAUGAGCCACCUGAGCGGGGAUCCCAGCAGCACCCAGUACCUGAUCACCUGCCAGAGAGCAAUGGCCGUCUGUCCAGCGGAGGACACGCUGGACGGAGAGACAACAGCUGAGGUUCCUGAGCCGGCCCUCUGGCUCAUCCGGCCGCCGUCACCGCCGCCCCAACAUCUGGCGGAGGACGACGACGCACAGGCUGAGGAGCAGGUGGGACCGGCGCUGCAGCAGCCGUCCAGAAGUCUGUACUUCAGAAUGUGUGUGGUGCGCUGA